AUGGACUCUUUGAAGAAUUGCAGUAAUGCUGAGGGAGAUGCCGAUGUAUUAGUGAACGAGGAUGAGAAGAAAUAUUUGAAUCAGAUUAGUUAUAUUUUAAAGAAUGGUGAAAAAAUCAUUGAUCGAACCGGUGUUGGAACAAUCUCUGUGUUUGGAAUGCAUUCCAUUUAUUCACUUCGAAAUGGUGUUGUUCCAGUAUUGACAACAAAACGAGUCUUCUGGAAAGGCGUUGUUGAAGAAUUGUUAUGGUUCAUUCGAGGAGAUACAAAUGCAAAGCAUUUGUCUGAGAAAGGUGUCAAAAUUUGGGAUGCUAAUGGAUCUCGACAGUUUCUCGAUCAGUGUGGCUUCACUGAUCGAUCUGAAGGAGAUUUAGGACCUGUCUAUGGCUUUCAGUGGCGACACUGUGGUGCUGAGUAUCGAGGCAUGGAUGCUGACUACACUAACCAAGGUAUCGACCAAUUAUCUGAAAUCAUUAAUCUGAUCAAAAAUGAACCAAACAGUCGCCGCAUUAUACUCAAUGCAUGGAAUGUUAGAGAUUUGAAGCAAAUGGCUCUGCCACCUUGUCAUACACUUGCUCAAUUUGCGGUGCGUAAUGGUGAACUUUCAUGUCAAUUAUAUCAACGUUCCGGAGACAUGGGUUUGGGAGUGCCUUUUAAUUUAGCCAGCUAUGGACUUCUGACACAUAUGAUAGCACAUAUUUGUGAUCUUAAGGCUGGUUACCUAUGUCAUGUUUUGGGUGACGCUCAUGUAUAUGUGAAUCAUAUUGACGCGCUACAGGAACAGCUUAAGCGUCAACCGCAACCGUUUCCUACUGUUCGAUUUGUUGGAAAUAUCAAAACGAUAGAUGAUUUCACUUAUGAAUCAAUUAUUCUUGAAAAUUACCAGCCGAUGCCAACAAUCAAAAUGACAAUGGCUAUCGGCCGAAUAGGUCUGUUCUGCAAAAUGAGUGCUGUUGUGAAAGUUUAUGAUGAGGAUCCUACAGAAAUAACAUUUAUUUAUGAUUGGCCAGUGCAAAUUUUUCAGCCGGUUAAUGGUUUCAAUGUUUUCGGUGAUACGGAAACAUUCUGCACUAAUUAUCGCAGUGCUAAUCAUGAAUGGAUACAUCUGUAUCUGGAACAAAGUACGGUGGUAACAAUGCAUCCAUCUCCUAAGGAAUGUAAAUUUUCGUUCAGACUGCUCGGUGAUGAUACUUAUCACGGAAGUGUAAUUGCUGUGCAUUCUAUGACGACGUUUGCAUCAGUUGACAGCUUCCGAGUGCCAAGAGAUUCACAAUUUGUGGAAUCAUUAACACAGUGUUUCACGAAUCAAUCUAAUAGUGGUAUAUAA